AUGUCAACCACCCUUCCCAACCCGCCUUCAUUAAUCGCCAGCCGGACGCAAACGAUGUCGAGCGUAAGCUUUGAAGAUGAAGCGCCGGCGACGCCGCCGACGCGCGGCGAGCCCGCGAACAAGGCCUUCGCCACGCCCGCGCACCGCAAAGUGCCCGAGACGCCGCUCGGCCCGACGCCGCCGAAGCCCACCGAGCAAGCCCUUUCACACCUCGACGUCAAGACGCCGCCGCGCGUCAAGGCGAAGAACGUCACGCCGUCGCCCGACUGCCCGGCGCCGCCCGCUUUGAAGCGAGGCAACUCCAUCCGGUCUUCUAGUGUUGCGCGGCUCCCGGAGGGGCGCGUGUGCUUGGUCGUCGGCGGCAAUGCCGUGGCGCGGCGCGUUGUGGAACUCUUGGCGAGGGAGCCGGACACGGCGGUCGUGCUCACGACGUCGGGGGGCGAGAGUGUGUUGGACGCGUCCGAGGUCAUCGGCGUUCAAGGGUUCGAUCUCGGGCUGCUCGCGGAGAUGCGCCGCCUCGCGAAGGACAUCCGGAGCCGCUUCGGGCGGUUGGACGUCUUGGUGAACUGCGGGGCCUGCGAGCGGCUCGCGACGGAGACGACGGGCGAGGGGCUCGACCGGCGGCUGGUUGUCGCGCACCUCGCGCCGCACUUGCUCGCGAGGGAGCUCGCGCCUUUGCUCGAGCGGACCGCGGGCCGGUGCGUCCACGCGUGCGUCGACGACCGCGCGUCAAAGGACGACGUCCGCGCGUCGGUCCUCCAGCCGCUUGACGCGCGGGGGCUUGCGGACUUUGCCUUGGAGCACGCGUCGGCCGUGGCCGUCGUCGUGUCGCUCGAGACGCGCUCAAAAAAGGGUUGGGGCCUCUGCCGCGGGCCGCCGCCGGAGUCUGCAGAGGAGCGGGCCGCGGAGCUCAUCGUCCUCGCGGCGCGCCAGCCGACCACGAAACUACCGAGCGGGUCCCUCGUGCGGCGCGGCUCGCGGAAGUCGCGCCUCGACGUCGACGCGAACGACAUGAAUCAAGAGGCCGCGCGCCGGUCGUGGGACGCGGCGGAGGCGCUCUGCGCUGUUGCGGACGCGGCCUCGUCGCCUGAAUCCUAAGCUUCAAUUUCUUCUUACACGUCUUACGCGGUAAGCGCAUGACCUUUUUGGAGAUUCCUCCCGGUCGCGUCGACGGCGUCGCGGGGGGACCGCGGACGCAUGGUCAUGAGCUAGCGCUGUAAGACACUAGAGGCAAAAAAAGCAAGCAGGCGCGACACGAUUUUGGCCGCAUUGAUCGCGGCGCCGCGCCAUCGCACAUAUAAUUAUUCAUCGCUGCGACCGCUGCUGCCAUCAUCGCUGUCACCGCAACAUCUGCGCCUCUCGAUAGCAUCACACUGCCGCACGAGCAAGCCGUAGACAUGAGCCGCGCCUCCGAACACUUGGCGGAGCUGCGCGCGGCCCAGCGCGCCGCGGCCCUCGACGCCGCGACGCGCAGCCGGCCCCCGCCGCCGCCGGUGCCGACGCCGAAUCUCGCUUUUGCCGCAGCCGCCGCGCGCCUGCCGCCGCCGGCGUUCCCGCUCGCGCCGCCGCCGGGCUUCGCGCCGCCGCCGGGCUUCCCCGCGCUGCCGCUGCCGGACCCGCGCGUCCUCGCCGCCAUGGCGGCGCAGGCGGCGGCGGCCUCGGGCGCGCCCGUGCUCGCGCCGCUCCACCAGUCGCCUCAUUUAAACCUGCCGCCGGGUUUGGCAGCUGUUCUUUGGACGGAGUCCAGGUACCGGCCUUCUUUCUCGUACUCUUCGUGACAUUUUGUAUCAUGUAGGUCCCCGGCGCGCGCGAGAACUACGCGCGCGCGCUGGCCGAGGGCGCCGCCGCGUCUACACAAAGAUCGGCGGAGGACUACUCGCUCUCGCCCAAGCUCCCGACGCACGGCUCGGAGACGUUCAACCUCAACCCGCUGCUGGCGCGUUUUCAGCGUCUAUACUGCGUCUUGAUAACACGCAACGCAUAGGCGAACUGCGUCCUGAACCACGAGUACUCCAGGAUAUUGUGGGAGAUGGGCGAGGCCUUUGGGCCCUUGCUGCAGGAGGCUAGAGAGAAGAUAAAACAUGUCGAGCCGUGGCAGCGCGGCACGCAGCGUACGCCGUCGACCGCGUUCUGUAUCCUCGUUAGAUUAUUUCAGCUCGGCCUGACCGAAGCGCACAUGACCAAACUCCUCGCGCAGAAGGACCGGCCCCUCGUCAGGGCGGUAGGAUUCUUGUACUUACGAUACGUUUUGAAACCGGAAUUGCUAUGGAGGUACUGCGAGGACGUCUUCAUCGAUGACGGAAGGGCAAUUCUAGAAGAAGGGCGAAAAGAAACAUUAGGAGAAUGGUUACGAGGCGUCCUCACGUCGCAGCAGUACCACGGGACGCAACUACCGCGCAUCCCGACGAAGAUCGAUCGAGACAUACGAGCGCGCGUCGCUCUGGUCGACGAAAGUCGAGAGCGGGCCUCGGACAACGCGAGGUACUUGGACCGCUUCGAGCCGGGGUGUCAAGUCAGAGCGAUCUACGGCGACAGUAAAAACGAGCCGGCCUGGUACGACGCGGUCGUCGAGUCCAUCGAGAAGGACACGGACGAUGCGGGGAAAGAAAGGGUGCGGUUCCAGGUCCAAUUUCCGGACUACGGGCAUGGGGCCCUGGUGCGGCUCGGCGACCUCGACACUCGAAAUAAUGAUUCGAACGGCGAGUCGCUCCUAAAGGGCAAAAAACUGAAAGUGGCCCAGUCGCAGCAGUCGCAGGCGGCGCCGGACAAGUUCACUUAUUCUAGGCCGAAAGGAUACAAAGAAACUUUAGCGUUGAAGAUGGACCACGCGUCUGAUAGAUUGGAGCGCGAGCGCGCGCGGCACGGCGAGGAGAAGCCAUCGCGGGCUAGGUAUACCCGCGAGGGGCGCCGCGACGACGACGAUUCUAGGCCGCGGAGCCGGCGCGAUGACGACGCGCGCUACGAGCGGAGCCGGCGCGACGACUACGAUCGUAGCCGGCGCGACCGGCGGGACCGCUCGCGCUCGCGGGAGCGGCGGCGCGGGGGCGGCCGGCGCCGCCGCGACGACGACGCCUACGACGCGCGGCGCGAGCGGCGGCGGCGCUCACGGUCGCGCGAGCGGUCGUACGAGCGGCCCCGCGACUACGACCGGCGACCGGCUCGCGACUACGACGACGAGGACGAGGAGGGCGCCAUCCAGGACCGCGGCGGCUACGACGCUUAA